UAUAUUACAUUUUUCAUGCUGCGAAUAGUGUUCCAAUCCCAUCUUGGACUUAUCGUCGACGCUAUCUCUUCGCGCACAUUAUUAUUAUUGGUUUUAGUUUGUUGAGUUCAUUUUAAAGAUAUUGUUACGAAAAUGGAAAGAAUAUAUAAGAAAAAUUUACGAAAUGAGAAAACGAAAGUUAAGUUUAAGAGAGUUAAAUUGCAAAAAGGAUUGAACAAAACCAGAACUGACUUUCAAAUUCGAAAAAUAACAUUAAGAAAGCAAGUGAACGAGUUAUGGUACGUAGACGGAGAGAGGCGAAUUAAUUUCAAAAGUGUUGUUGCAGGACUUAGGAAUCGCAGCCAGCAUUAUCGCAUUGAUGCGUUGCGAAAUAUUCGAGAAGCAAUUAUAAAUGAUCCGUUUGAAAUUCAGAAACAACUACAUAUCAUAAUAAGGUCUGUUUCUGCAAUUUCUCUUGACAUUGAUAAACAAACUAGGCGAGAGUCUUUUAAAACAUUAAGUGUCUUGUUGAAUUCUUUUUCACUGGAAGCAAUGGAACCAUUUUUUCACAUAAUGUCAUCAUAUUUGUGUUGUGGGAUGUCACAUAUACAGCCAAACAUACGAGAAGAUUCAUUGAUAAUGCUCGAUGUGAUUUUAGAGCAUGUUCCUAAAUUGGUUAUAGUGAACCUCGAAAAAAUAAUGCAGAAUUUUCUUGAAAUGAUUUCAAUCGUUUGUAGAGAUGAUGGCCCUGAACGAACUUUAAGCACGCAUAUGGGUCAGAAGCAAAACACAAUAAAAUGGCGAUAUAACGUUUUGCAAAGAUUAUUGAAAAUGCUUAAGACUUCAGUUAAACAAUUUAGGAAAGAAAAUUUGACUCUCAAAGGUUUGAUGCCCACCAAAAUUGUAUCAUAUAAUAGGAACAAGCAGCAAUGUUACUCUAUGUUACGUGUUCAUAACACAAAACAUGCUUGUGAUGUUUCCUCAAUAUUAAUGCUUUCCAAUAACUAUUCACCUAUUACAAUUCCUGAACAUGAUAUUAUAUACCAUAAAUACGUCGGAAAUUUUAUGCCGUUGCUUUUAGAUACCUGGUCAGAAGUACGUUCAAUUGAAACAACAUCAAAAGUUAUACUAUCGCAUGACGCUGCGUUAACAUUGAAAACUGUUUUGGAAAUAAUUGAAAAUCUUUGGACUUCAAUUCAAAUUUAUGAAAACAACUUAGAAAACACUAAUUUAAGUAAUUGGUUUGUUCAAGAGUAUGCAGAACUUUUUACUUUUACUUUCCUGCAGUCCACAUUUCCUUUUUGUGAAAUUGUAAUAUCAGAACCGAACUCAAAAAAAAAGCAUAGAAACUCGAGCGAAACAGUAGAGCAGUUUUGCUUACAACAAAAUUUGUGCAUUGCUCAUCUUUUGUGCCUAUUUUAUAUGGGAAAUACUAGUAAACAAGUAGAUAAAUUUGAUAUAUGUCUAAAAUAUAUAAUCUUAGUCGUCAGUAAUUUGGAUAACCUUUCCCACGAAAAGUCUAUAUCCAUCAAAAACGUGUUACGAGCAUAUUUGUUUCAAAAUGGUCGUAAACUUCUGGAAAGUAAUGAGUACCAACUGCGAAAAUUAUUAAAUGUAACUAUUGAAGCAUUUAUUAACAAUAAGUUUUCCGAUAAGGAUGGCUCGCUAGAAUAUAUUCUAACUUUAUUUGGUAACAUUGUGAGCACAGCUGAAUUAUUUAGAUCAUAUGCUUCAGAGAGUUUUGAAAAUUUGUUGGAAUACUUACCACAACAUUUAUUGAAGGAAAAUAUAAACGAAACUGGAUUAAAAACGAUGACAAUAUUAGGAAAACAGAAAAAUACGACCUUCAUUAAAUCUUUGACAAAACUUUUAAUUCCUGUGAUUAAAAAUAUUCAACACAUUAAAGUAGUAGACGCCGUAAAUGCAUUUGAUGGCAAACAACAAAUUAUGAACUUAUUUUAUUGGGUUGAAAAAUCUGAACUGCUACAGGAGUCAAAUAAACUGAUUUACACAAUUGAGGAACACAUUACAGAUAAGCGCAUUGUAAACUACUUUAAAUAUAUUUUAAGAUUAAAUUAAAGAAUGAAAUAAAAGGUUUAUCAAAUUCA